AUGUUCGCUACCAUUAGAUCUGCUCGUCUUGCCAUCCGCAUGGCCUCCCGCGCCACUCUUCGUGUGCCUGUUGCCGCCAUUGCCUCUCCUCGUCUGGCCACUCUUUCUACUGCUCGCACUUUCUCUGUCUCUGUUUCUGCGCGCUACUCUUCUCCCAGUGACCGGUCGCCCAUUUCUGGCGAUGAGAUCUUUGGUUCCGAUGAUCCCAACUCUCCUAUGACUAAGAUCAAGAACAGCCCUGCAGUUCUUAAGGUCUUGGUUGAUAUUGGUGAGAUGCUUCAAGCUAAGGGUUACGUUGUUCCUGGCGAGUCGGUUGGUAUGUGGACUAUGCUCAAAAUGCUUAAGGACAAGGAUUUCCAGGGAAAGCUGCGCGAGCUUAAGGAAACCAUGGAUGCUGAGGGAAUCCAACUUACUGAAGCCGAUCUCAUGAAGUUCGCUCAGACCUUGGGUCUCAACACUAAGAACUAA